AUUCUUAGACUAGAAACGCUAGAUAAAGUCCAUUUCGUUAGUUUUCUGUCAGAUCUUUAGACCUAAAUAAUAUAUUGAACUUUCCUUAUCAUUGUGCGCAUACAAUUUUCGCCAGAAGAAGCGAGAACCAUUCUAAGUGAUUUAUCCUAUUCGCAGAGCGGGAGAUUGGAACUUAAAGGAGCCCACCUGGACGGGCAGGAUGCGACUGGUGGCCAAGGGCACCGCCGUUGUCCUCAAGCUGGAGGACAAGACCAGUGGUGCCCUGUUCGCCAACUGCCCCAUCGACACAUAUCCCGGCGUGGCCAUCGAGGCGGUUUCAGAUAGCUCCCGCUAUUUUGUCAUCCGCGUGCAGGACGAUAAUGGGCGAUCGGCAUUUCUGGGCCUCGGAUUCGGCGAUCGAUCCGAUUCGUUCGAUCUGAAUGUUGCGCUGCAGGAUCACUUCAAGUGGGUAAAGAACCAGGAGCAGAUCGAGAAGGAGAAGACGGAGCCCAAGCAGGAGCUCGAUCUGGGAUUCAAGGAGGGCGAGACCAUCAAGAUCAACAUGCGGAUAACGAAAAAGGACGGCUCCGAGGGAUCCUCGCGCACUGGCAAGAACAAAGGCUCCUCGGGCGUGCUGCCACCGCCGCCCGGUGGCCUUGGCAAGAUCGCUCCGCCACCGGCCGCAGCCGCCGCAAACACGACGGUACGGCAAAGUCCCGGCGUUUCGCCCGCCCACAGACCCGCCGCUGGAGGAUCCGAAUGGACCGACUACGCAUCAGCCGGUGGCAACCAAGGACAACAGAACUCGGCCAACGCCAACUGGGUGCAGUUCUAGAUAUACAUCAUCCUGUUCCUCCUGCUGCUGCUGCUGCUGCGCUCCUAUCACCCAGAACUUUAUGUUUUAAGACUCCAGAUGUUUUUUUUUUUAUUCACCAUUUGCAAGCAAAUUAUUAUCGUUUUGAACAAGACCAAAAGAUUGAACAUAACAUUCAGCAAAGGCGUCACGCGUUAAAGUUAAAGAUUUAUAAUUCAAUUGAAAUUGUGUAUUAGUUUCCCCGCCCACCACUCUCCCCCUCUCCCUCACUCUCUCUCUCUCUCUGUCUGCCUGCGUAGUUGCAUCUCGCUCUAAUUGAAGGAGUACGAUGAGCGUGGGCAGAGUUCUCAGUGGGCGGGGAUCUGUAGCGAACUAUUUAGCCUGGUUGUUAAUUGUAUAAGUCAAAGUAACGAUAAUUUAUAUGGAAAUUAUACUAAAAUGUAAUUUGUUAACGUCGAGAUAAUGCAAUUAUAAAAAUGCAAACUAAGUUUAAAUCAAUUUACACACGAACACAAACACUGCAACAGCUAAACUAAAGUGAAAUAUUCAACUUUUGAGUACUUACACACGCACGUAAAACAAGGACAUUCCGCAGAUGAGCGAUAGGACGCACUACAUGCCAAUCUUAUUUAUUGUUAACUCUAUUCCAAAUUACCAUCCCCUCCCCAACGAUCCUAUUGUUUCACAUCCCCUACCUUGUAUGGGAAUACCAGAAAUAAUGCAGAUCUAUGCACCUGUUUCCCAUUUUUUAACUCGACUCACAUUGUUUGAAAUCGGAAUUGAAUUAAACGAUCAGUUUUAUGGUUUCACCUUAUUUGAGAGGUUCGCAAUCGGGAUCAGGUCAUUAUAUAUACAUAUAUAUAUAUAUAUAUAUAUAGUUCUGUUUUCAAAAGUGGCACACACACAUGCAUAGCGUUUAAGUAAAUCAAAUGAAUUAUAUAUACAUAAUAUACAAUAUGAAGGAAUAUCCAUAUGUAUUUAAUAAACCACAUAAUUGUAGAGAAGGAAAUCUUGCUAAAUCUGAAUUGUUGUUUCAGCCCCGAUUACCCCGCUCCCUUCACCUCCGCGCCACCACAAAUCAAUAUCCUAUAACUAUGCUCUCUCGUUUCUGUUGCUGUUAAAAUGAUAACAUCAAAACAAAAAAAAAAGGAAAAAUUAAAAACAAAGCGCGUUCUAUUCGUUCCAUAAGUGUUCCAUGAUUAGAAGAGCUGCUUUUGGCACACAUUUUCAUCGCUUUACCUUUUAGAAAUAUAUAUAUAUACAAUGUGAAAAGAUCGGCUCGCGUCUUCUGGGGAUUCGUAUUCGAAAUAGUUAACUGCUAUUUUUUAAUUGUUAUUUUUUGCUAACUUAUUGCUUACUUUCAACGAGAAAGCAAACAAGAGUUGACUCUAUUUUACUUGCGAAUUUAAUCACCGACAGCCAAUUAUUUUUUGAGUAAAAAGCGUUGUGUUUGUUGGCUGACAGUUUCUAUUUUUGAAAUUUACACGAUAUUUUCCACAUUUAUUUGUCAGUGUAACCGGCCAGAAUUGCAAACAGGAUAUAUAUAUAUUUUCGCUGAGUUUUCGUAACUAAUUUUAGAUAACCUUCGAAACGAACAUAUUCGCCAGCUUUGAGCAGUCAACAAAAUCAACAAACGAAACAUAAAUUACAUGGAAAUAAAAUUAUACAUAUAUAUAUACACACAAGAUAUAUACAAGAAAUGUAAUUAAUAUUAAUGAAAUACGAAAUAAAAAUAGCAAUGAAUUUCAAUGU